GUUUAAUCCAUAUCCAUAUUCAUAUUACAAUUUCAUGAAUUUUAUUUCGCAAAGGUGUCGUAUUUUCCCGAUGGUUGUUGCGUAUUUACGGAUUUAAAUAUACGUUACGCGAGAACGUGGACGUGCAUUUUGUAGAGAUUUUUCUUAUAUCGCCUUAUGCGCUGUGAAAUUUCGGAAUAUCUUUUUUAUCAUUUGUAAUAUCUGAAAGGUGGUUCAAUCUAGGGUUAGCGUAUUUGUGGAUCGGGCUGGUUCAUGUUUGAGGACAAUGUCGUUAUUUAAUAAACCGAAGAGAAACAUCCGUCGUCGGCCUUUCAACGACGACGACGAGGAUAAUGAAAACAGGAUGGAAGUGGAGGACGCCCAGCCUGUAAAGUCGAAGGCAAAGAAGAAGGAAAAGCCAAAGCAGACGCUCCUCAGUUUUGGAGAGGAGCUGGAAGAAGCGGAUGAUGGGGAAGUCUUUAAAGUGAAGAAAUCAUCGAGGAGCAAAAAAUUGAUGAAACAACUUGAUCACGAAAGGAGAAAAAAGAAAGGUGAAGAGAAAAUGCAAGUGGACUCUGAGCAAGCGAACAUGUCCAUUAAACAGGAAAAAGAUUUAGAAAUAAAGACAGAUGAUCUAGUAGUUAAAAUAAAGAAUACUGGCCCCUUGAUUUUAAAUGGACGAGCUGCACUGGCAGCAGGAAAAGAUGAUUAUACGUCAGAUGAAGAGGAAGACGAUGCACGCGGUCAUAAGUUCAGGAGGAACACCGAUAAAGCUGAUACAAUGAAAAUUCUUCUUGAAAGCGGUUGUAUCCCGGAUGCUGCAAUGAUUCAUGCUGCUAGGAAAUGCAGACAGAAAGCAAGAGAGUUGGGAACUGAUUAUAUUCCUAUUGAAGAACAGAGUGAAGAUAAAGGCAAAUCGAGACUUAUCAGAGAAGAGGAUCAUGAUAGAAGCGAUGACGAUGAUUCACAGGAUCGAAUUGAUAUGACUGUUAACACUGAAGCCCGCGAUAAAGAGAAAAGGAGGGAAGCAUUUCUUGCUUCUCAAGUUCCAAUAAAACUAUCUGACGACGAGAGUGAACAUGAAAAUGAAGAAGAAGAAUGGGAAGCUCAACAAAUUAGGAAAGGUGUAACUGGUGCACAGAUUGCAGCAGCACAGCAAGAUUCUAUGAUGCAACACCAAUAUUCAAUGGGUAUGAACAUGAAUCCAAUGAUGGGAAGUGGAAUAUCGUUGGAAAUGGUGAUGAUGCCAGCUCCACCGCCUCCUCCAUCGAUUCAACCACCAGACCCAACAAAAAUAGUACCGAUCACUCCUCAAGAAGUUGUUAAUAAAAUGCGAGCAAGAUUGGAGAGUUUGAAAGAAGUAUACCGGCGACAUCAGUUAGAUCAGGACCGCUUAGAGCAAGAGUUAGGACAGACAAUGAAAGAACUGGACGAUGGUGAAACACGUGCACCGCAGCUUGCACAACGCUUCAGAUAUUACCAAGAGUUGCGUGGGUAUGUCACUGACUUGGUAGAGUGUCUUGAUGAGAAGCUGCCGCUGGUCGUUGGAUUGGAGCAACGCUGGUUAGAACUUUAUAGUGAACGUACAGUUGAACUAAUGGAGAGAAGACGGCAGGAUACGAGGGAUCAAGCGGAAGAAAUUACAACAGCUGCAAGAGGGCAACCGAUACGUAGAGGACCGGAGAUUGAAGCUCGUAUUCGUCGAGCCACGGAAAGAGAAGGAAGAAGAGCUCGUCGAAGAAGAGCCAGGGAAUUAGCUCCCACAUUGCCAAAACAUAUCGAUGGAAUGUCUAGCGACGACGAAGUUACCGAACAACAAAAUCUUGCGUUUAAACAAACGAAAGACGAGAUCGAUAAUGAAAGUAAGGAAAUAUUUUCUGAUGUCAUGGACGAAUAUUGUACAAUAAGAGGAAUACUUUCGAAAUUAGAAUCUUGGAGGGAAACUGAUAGAGAUGCUUACAUGGAGGCUUACGUCUCUCUAUGCAUACCGAAAAUAAUUUCUCCUAUCGUUAGAUUGCAAUUGCUUACGUGGAAUCCUAUUAUGGAAAGCGCAGACAUUGAAAGAACAAAAUGGUACAAUACGUUGCUUCUGUAUGCAUUAGAUAAUAAAGAAACGGAAGAAUCAUUGAAAGCAGAUCCGGAUGUGAGAUUGGUACCAUACACAGUUGAAAAAAUUGUUUUACCGAAAUUGACGUCUAUAGUCGAACGAAUAUGGGAUCCCAUGUCCACGUCACAAACCUUACGACUUGUAGGCACGGUGAAUCGCCUGAUUAGAGAAUAUCCAAACUUAAACGAUACCAGUAAACCACUGGAAACGUUAUUUAAUACCAUAUUGGAGAAAAUAAAAUCAGCAGUCGAAAAUGAUGUUUUCAUACCAAUUUUCCCGAAGCAAGUGCUGGACACUAAGCAUCAAUUUUUUCAACGACAGUUCGCAAUGGCUGUGAAGCUUUUGAGAAACUUAUUAAGCUGGCAGGGUCUCCUUGGAGAUACGCAAUUGAAAAAUCUAGCGCUUGGUUCAUUGUUAAACCGGUACCUUCUAGCGGGUUUGAGAGUAUCCGUUCCCACUGACGCUUUAUUUAAAGCAAACAUGGUAAUGAGCACACUUCCCCGUGCUUGGCUGCAAGGUGAGACGAUAGAACAUCUUAGAAUGUUUGCUACACUCAUUCAACAACUUAGUGAACAAUUGGAUCAAGCAAACCCAGCGCAUAACGAAGCCUGGGAAUAUUCGAAAUCGAUUUUGAAAAUAAUCAAACCAUUAUAAUAAUGUAUCACAUAUAUAUGCAUUUCUUAAAUAAUACUUGCUGAUAUUUUUAUUUCAUUAAUAAACGUCUGCUUAUAGUUUUAUACGCAUACUGAAAAACUCCUGUACAUGGUAAAUUGCAGUACAAUUAGACAUGUAAUAUAUAUACAUACAUAUAUAUAUAAAAGUGUAAUUUUGUAUAGAAAUAAAUUAAAUAAGAUUCUAUAAUAUAGCACAUUUUCCACUAAUGUAAAUAAAUAAAUCUAGAAGUUAUGUUGAAAUAAAUAUGUAAAUAUGA